UUGGAGCGUCUGUUCGUGUAUUGGGUGAUCUGAAAUUUGGAGUCCGCCAAGUGUUCGGUAAAAUGUCUUGACUCAAAAAACUUCGGUACUAUACCUUUUAUGUUUGCUCUUGAAUGGUUAAUUUCGUAAAAUUGGAUCAAUUAUAGCAUACUAUCGAGUCUUUGAAGUGGUGUCAAACGAGGAGAUCGUCGUGAAGCAUUGCAGUAAUGAGUAGCAAGGCAGCUUUGAAAUGGCCGAAACAAAUAUCGGCAUCUUUCGUGGAGCAGCUGAUUCGAGCAGAAAGAGAUUUACAGAAGGCUGUUCUUAUAUUUGAUGCAGCUACAGCUGAGUAUAGUAAAGGGUUUAGGCAUGAUCACAGCACCUUCGGUGUCAUGAUCUCCAGAUUGGUUUCUGCGAACCAGUUCAGACCAGCAGAGGAUUUGCUGAACAGGAUGAAGGACGAGAAGUGUGAUAUUACAGAAAAUAUAUUUCUUUCUAUUUGCAGAGGCUACGGUCGGGUUCACAAACCGCUUGAGGCGAUUAGGAUUUUCCAGAAGAUGAAAGAAUAUGAGUGUGAACCGACCCAGAAAUCCUACAUUACUAUCUUUGCUAUUCUGGUUGAUGAAAACCAAUUAAAGAUGGCUUUGAGGUUUUAUAGGUACAUGAGAGAAAUAGGUAUUCCUCCAAGCGUUACAUCCCUCAAUGUUUUGAUCAAGGCCCUGUGCAAGAACAUUGGAACCAUGGAUGCUGCUUUUCGGAUUUUUCGCGAGAUGCCUAAUCGUGGGCAUAUUCCAGAUUCUUAUACUUAUGGUACUUUAAUUAGUGGGUUGUGUAGAUUUGGUAAGAUCAGUGAAGCAAAGGAGCUUUUCAGGGAGAUGGACACAAAAGGUUGUUCACCUACUGUUGUUACCUACACUUCCUUGAUUCAUGGUUUAUGCCAGUUGAAUAACGUGGAUGGGGCUAUGGGAUUGCUUGAGGAGAUGAAGUGUAAGGGCAUUGAGCCCAAUGUGUUCACUUACAGCUCUCUCAUGGAUGGACUUUGCAAGAGCAGAAGGUCUUCACAAGCGAUGGAGCUAUUGGAAAUACUGUCUAGUAAACGCCAUAGGCCCAACAUGAUAACAUACAGUACUUUAAUACAUGGACUAUGUAAUGAAGGAAAGCUUAGAGAAGCAUUGGAGAUUCUUGAUAGGAUGAAGCUGCAGGGAUUGAAACCAGAUGCAGGAUUAUAUGGGAAAGUCAUAAGUGGCUUCUGUGAUGUUUGCAAAUUUCAGGAAGCUGCAAACUUUCUCGAUGAGAUGAUUCUAGAGGGUAUCUCACCAAAUCGACUGACAUGGAGCCUUCAUGUUAGAAUUCACAAUACUGUAAUCCAGGGCCUUGCGGCACAAAGUGAUCCAAAUCGAGCUUUUCAAUUGUAUCUAAGCACACGCACUAGGGGACUCUCCAUUGAGACCAAAACAUUUGAUUCAUUGAUUAAAUAUUUUUGUAAGAAAGGUGACCUGCAUAAAGCUGCUCGCAUAGUUGAUGAGAUGGUGCUUGAUGGAUGUGUCCCUGAUGAGGGAACAUGGGUUGCUCUGGUAAGUGGAUUUUGGGAUCGAAGGAAGGUGCGGGAAGCUGCUGAGUUUGUAAACUUAAAACUGAUUGACAGAUUUGUUGAGGCUGGAUCAGAAUUUGAGUCUUAGCAUUAUUUCAAUGGAGCAAGAAUGAGUGAUCUUCAAGUUGUUGGCGGAAUUAAAAAGAUCAACAAUCAAAACUACAAUUCUUGGUCGACAUGCAUGACAUCUUACAUGCAAGGCCAAGACUUGUGGGAAGUUGUUAACAAAAGUGAAGUUACGCAAUCGACAGAAGAGGAUGUAAAUGGUACGUUGCGGAAGUGGAAGAUAAAAGUGGGCAAGGCGAUGUUCGCUUUAAAGACCACGGUUGAAGAAGAUGUGCUAGAGCACAUCCAGAAUGCCUAAACCCCCAAAGAAGCUUGGGAUACCUCGGCCACACUUUUCUCAAAGAAGAAUGACACAAGGCUUCAACUUCCAGAGAGCACGCUAUUGUCGGUAGCACAAUGCGGCAUGACGGUCACUCAGUACUUCCACAAGGUGAAGUCACUUUGCCAUGAACCUUUUGAGUUGGAUCUAGAAGCUCCAAUCGAGGAAACCAGGAUAAAGAGAAUAAUUAUCCAUGGCUUGAGACUCGAAUAUAGAAGCUUUGUUGUUGCAGUACAGGGAUGGCAAAAGGAACCAUCAUUUGUUGAGUUCGAAAAUUUGUUUGCUGGUCAGGAAGCCUUAGCCAAGCAAAUGGGAGGAAUUUCGCUAAAGGAUAAAGAGGAAGAGCUCUACGUCAACAAAAGUAGAAGAAAUUCCAAGCAGCACACCGUUGGUGGAUCUAAAAGGAACGAGGACAAGGCGAAAAGUCAUCAAGGUGAAAGGAGCACUUGUUCAGGGGGAGAUUUGAAGAAUCAUGGCAACGACAAAAAGUUUGAAGGGAAGUGCUACAAUUGUGGGAAGAAGGGUCAUAUGGCAAAAGCUUGUUGGUCGAAGAAAAGGACCGUCAAGAGUAAUGCUGCUACUUCCAAAAGCGAAGAUGAAUGGGAUGUUGAGGCGCUCUUUGUUGUAGAAGGGGAGGAGUUAGCUCUCACAACAACAACGUUUGAACAGAUUGAUUAUGAGAAAGAUUGGAUCGUUGACUCGGGAUGCUCAAAUCAUAUGACAGGUGAUAAAGAAAAGUUACAGAAUUUGUUAGAAUACCAAGGGAGCCGAGUGGUGGUAACAACCAACAACUCAAAGUUACCUAUAACUCAUAUCAAUAAUACGGUAAUCUCUCCUCAAUAUAGUGCUAAUGAGGUAUCACUUCAAAAUGUCUAUCAUGUUCUAGGUAUGAAGAAAAAUCUUCUAUCAGUAGCACAAUUUACAUCUUCAGGCCAUUUUGUUCUAUUUGGUCCGCAAGAUGUGAAGGUAUUUCGUGACCUUAAGACUAUAGGAGAGCCAGUGAUGGAGGGAUGAAGACAAGAGUUAGUGUAUGUAAUGUCUGCAGAAAUUGCAUAUGUAGACAAGAUGAAGAAGAAUGAGACAACAGGCUUAUGGCACAUGCAGUUAAGUCACGUUAGCUAUUCCAAGCUAAAUGUGAUGAUGAAAAAGUCGAUGCUGAAGGGACUUCCCCAACUUGAAUUAAGAAUAGACAAUCCGUGCAGGAUGUCAGUAUGGGAAAGCGCAUCAGUUGUCGUAUGAAGAGUCCAAAUUUAAAGCGAAAGAACCAUUAGAGUUAAUUCACUUUGAUGUGUUUGGACUUGUUAAGCAAGUCUCUAUCGGUGGGAUGAAGUAUAUGGUGACCUUUAUUGAUGACUCUUCAAGGUAUGUGUGGGUUCAUUUUAUGAAGGAAAAAUUUGAAACUUUUUCAAAGUUCAAAGAGUUCAAAGAGACAUCAGAAGUUAAAGUUGGUAAGAAAAUUCGUUGCUUGUGCACUGACAACGGGGGAGAAUAUACCUCAGACGAGUUCUUCAAUUUCCUUCAAGAGUGCCGAAUCCGCCAUCAGUUCACAUGUGCCAACACUCCGCAGCAAAACGACGCAACAGAAAGAAAGAACAGGCACCUGACAGAAAUAUGUCUAAGUAUGCUUCAUGUGAAGAAUGUUUCGGGACGAUUUUGGGCAGAAGCAAUGAAUACUGCAGCUUUUGUGAUCAAUAGGCUCCCUCAACAAAGAUUAUGUUUUCUUUCACCCUUUGCAAAAUCGUGGAACAUGAAACCUACAGUUAGCUAUUUUCGUGUUUUCGGAUGUGUGUGCUAUGUAUUUGUACUUGAUCAUUUAUGUAGUAAGUGGCUGCACUCUCACCCUGCAAUUAAAACAUAAUAAAUUUUUUAUAUUUUUUUUCUUUAUUUUGGUGAGAGGUUUAUACUCGUCAGUGUACGAGUGCAGUUGUAAUCCAAAUUUAAAUUUGUAUUUUUUGGAUGGGUUCAGGUCGUUUACUGAGAUAUUUAUUUAUGACAAAAGAAAAAGAAUGUCACACACACACACACACAUGCAUUUGGACGAAUUGGCAACAAGAUUUUUUUAUGGAUUUUCAGAUAACGGAUACUAGGAAAUAAAACAAGGUAGAAAUUGAAAUAAACACUGAAUGUGAGAAUAUGAAAUUGUAUAACACUUGAGUUAAGACAAUUUCAGCACCAACCCGUUGAUCCCCAAUUUUUAGCAGAAAAGAUUAGCAACAUUAAUUUAAUUUCAGAUAUGAGGGUUUGUUAUUAAAUGCAAUUAGAGAUGAUGAUAGUUCUAGUUUAAGCAAUCCUCAUACAUGAUAUGCAUGAUUCUAAUUUAAGCAAUUAUCAUAAAUCCAAUUGCAAUUAAUACACAAAACAACUAAAUUAAUCAUCCAGGUUUGGGUAUGAUAGCGUUUCUAAUUUUAGUAACUCCCAUGCGUGGCAUGAAAGUUCUAAGUUAGGCUUACGCUCCAAUCCAAACCUAGUGAUUUCUCAAUAAUUAAUACACACUCAUACUGAAAUUUAAAUUAAUGUCACUCAUUUAAAACGCAGCUUUCUUUGGGAAUCAUUGGCGUUGGACACUGUCAUUGCCUUAACCCAAGAUUGGAUUUAGCUACUCAUCUCCAUUUGAAAGUUAAUUGAUAGGAAUUUAAAUGACGUAAUUUAAAUAACAUGAAUUAAAAUAGCAAAAAUUAACCGGUCAUUUAGGCGGUGGAUAAUAAAAAGACGUGAAUUAAAAUUGCAGAAAUUUGAAGGCAGAAAUUAACCAGCUAUUUAGGCGGUAGAUAAUAAAGUAACAAUAAAUGACAUAAGAAUUCAAGAGAAAAAAGAAAGAAAAUAAGAUCACAAGAGAAGACAAUAGAGAAAAGAAGAGAGAACAAGAGCAAUCCUCAAAGAGAAAAUCUAAGAAAACAACUAAGUUUUGAUUCAAGAAUAAUAAUCACCCCUUACAAGUGUAACCAAGUGAGCUAUUUAUAGUCCACAAGAUGCAAUAUAAACCACACAAUUUCAAUUAUACAACUAGACAUAAUUAUAUCUAAUGGGCACUCCCACACGUAAAGUUAAAUGAAUUUUAGCUAAAAGACACACAUAAAAAAGCACUCAUAAAAUAAAUAUUUAAAAAUAAAAAAUAUAUAUAUUUUUUACAAGUUGGGUUUUGGGUCUUCUUUAUGUUGGAUUUGGGCCUUCCUUGGAAUUAAAAUGCUUGGGCCUUAUUUGGUUGGACUCCAUUUAAUAGUUGACCCAAUUGCACUAGAUUUUGAGUAGUAACGUUGGCCAUCCGAUUGACUCUUUAACAUCUUCAAUUACUCGGCAAGUGUCAAUUUCUUCAUAUCAUCCUGACAAUAGUACAUAAUGUGCAUAAUUAUUCAAAUUAAAUAUUAAUAUAAGAUAAAAAAUAGGGAUAUAAUUCAUUAAAAUUUAGAAAAAUUAAUUCCUCAUCAGCAAAAUUGACAAAAAGGUUGUUAGAUGUAUCUUUGUGGGAUAUGAUAGUCAAAGAAAAGGGUGAAAAUGUUGUGAUCCUACACCUGGAAAAUGCUACACAUCCCGGAAUGUGGUGUUUGAUGAACUGUCUUCUUGGUGGUCUUCAGAAAAGGAGAUAUUACCAGACUCGGAUGUUUUUAAAGAUGAGUUGAAAUAUGCUUAAAUCCAGUUGAGUUUAGGUGUAGAUGAAGAUGCUAAUGAUAGUGGUUAUGUCGAAGAAGGCAUAGCUCAAGGUCUUUGGCAAACUGGUGUGUAUCAACAACCAAGCGAAGAAGAUGAGCCUAGUGAAGCAAAAGCACCAACUCCACUUAGAAGAUCAACAAAAGUCAGAAAGCCAAAUCCCAAAUAUGCCAACGCUGCUAUAGUAGAAGAAGCAGAUGCAAAAGAACCGGAGACAUUUGAGGAAGCAUUUCAGAAUACGGAGUGGACUAAAGCUAUGGAAGAAGAAAUUGUUGCAUUAAAACGUAAUCAGACUUGGGAGAUCGUGCCAAAGCCAAAAGAUGUGAAGCCUAUUUCUUGCAAAUGGGUUUAUAAAAUAAAGCGUCGCACAGAUGGAUCAAUUGAGAGACACAAGGCUCGUUUGGUAGCUUGAGGGUUCUCUCAACAAUAUGGAAUAGACUAUGAUGAAACGUUUAAUCCAGUUGCAAAGCUUACAGCUGUGCGAGUUUUACUAGCACUUGCAGUUAGCAAAAGUUGGAACUUGUGGCAGAUGGAUGUGAAGAAUGCAUUUCUGCAUGAAGAAUUGGAUCGGGAGAUUUACAUGACUCAACCGAUGGGUUUUCAUAAUCAAGAUCAUCUUGAAUAUGUGUGUAAGCUUUGGAAGGCACUCUAUGGAUUAAAGUAGGCACUAAGGGCUUGGUAUGGUAAGAUUGCUGAAUUUUUUAUUCAUAGUGGUUAUUUUUUGACAUCUGCGGAUUCUAGUUUGUCAAAGCUAAUGGAGGGAAACUAGCUAUCGUGCUAGUGUAUGUGGAUGAUUUAAUUGUAACAGGCAAUUGUGAAGAAGAUAUCCACCAAACGAAGAAGAAUUUAUCAAUUCGUUUCCAGAUGAAACUUGGACAAUUCAAGCACUUUCUUGGUUUAGAGGUUAACCGUACUCAAGAAGGAAUAUUUCUUCGUCAGUAAAAAUAUUCCAAAGAAUUGUUGAAGAAGUUUGGAAUGCUUGAGUGCAAGCCAAUUUCAACUCCAAUGGAGCCAAAUGCAAAAAUGUGUGCUCAUGAAGGGAGAAAUUUGGAAGAUACAACGAUGUACCGAUAGUUGGUGGGUAGUUUGAUCUAUCUAACUUUAACCAAACCCGAUAUUUCUUAUGCAGUUGGUG